AUGCGGGAACCUUCUUUUUCCCCGGAGGUUGCAAAGGCGUGUGAUGAGGAGAUUUUACGCUUACUAAGUAAGGGAGCUAUAAUAGCUACGGCUCCUUCCGAGAACCAGUUCUUAUCCAGUUUUUUCUUGGUUCCGAAACCCUCAGGAGGUAUGCGUUUCAUAUUGAACCUCAAAGACCUUAACCUUUAUCUCAGUCCACAGCAUUUUCAAUUGGAGGACUGGCGAACGGUAGUCCAACUCAUGAUUCCAGGAUCCUGGAUGGUGACUCUAGAUCUGGAAGACGCCUAUCUUUUACUGCCUAUAGCACAGGAAUAUCGUCAUUUCCUUCGGUUUCAGUGGAAAGAGAUUGUCUACGAGUUUACAGUUCUACCCUUUGAUGAUCUCCUCCUUUUUGGUCUCUCAGAACAGAAUUGUUUACGCAAUCUAAGAGCUUCCAUGGACUUGCUAUCGUCGCUCGGAUUUCUCCUGAACUACAAGAAAUCUCAGCUAAUUCCAGCACAAAGGUGUAAAUAUCUGGGUUUUAUCUUCGACUCAGUGCAACAGUCUGUUGCGAUUCCACAGAAGCGGCGCAGGAAUCUACUCAGAUUAAUGUUGAGUAUCUCGAAUAAACGCAAAUGCCAAAUCCGAAGCUUCGCACGCAUGAUUGGAUCUCUGAUUUCAGUCUGUCCCGCAGUUCAAUAUGGCCUUUUAUAUACCAAGGCCUUGGAAAGAACAAAAUUACGAGCUUUGGCAUACUCCAGAGAUAGUUAUUCGGCCACUAUGGAUAUUCAGUUCUACCUCACUGAGGAUUUUCAGUGGUGGAUUAGGGUUUUUCAAACCCAAAACAAGCUAAUUUCAUCCGUUCCAGGGUGGCAGCUCGUGAAAUUUUCUCGGACGCUUCUCUAUCGGGGUGGGGGGGCUUCCUGUGGGAAACUCCGCACCCAUGGAUGGUGGUCCGCAGAAGAGAAAACUAGCCAUAUAAAUUUGUUAGAGUUUAGGGCCGCCUUCUACGCUCUUCAAUGCUUUGCACCAGACUUGCGGGACUGCGAUGUUCUUCUCAGAAUAGAUAAUACAACGGCUAUUGCCUGUAUUAAUCGCUUUGGUUCCGUCCAAUAUCCUUAUUUAUUUGCUAUAGCUAGACAGAUCUGGACCUGGUGCGAAAAUCGCAACCUUAUGGUUUUCGCGUCUUACAUCGCUUCUAUCGAAAAUACGAUCGCAGAUCAGGAAUCCAGAGUUAUCAGCGCGGAUACAGAAUGGUCUCUAUCAGAGGAUGCUUUUCAUCGUUUGUCACUAGAAUUUGGUCCUUUUGACCUUGACCUUUUCGCUUCAAUCAUCAAUGCGAAAUGCACGGCCUACGUAUCUUGGUUCCCAGAUCCGGGCGCCAUAGCAAUCGACGCUUUUACACUCUCGUGGGCUGACACAAAGUUCUUCGCUUUUCCCCCUUUCAUCCUUUUACCUCGAGUUCUCAGGAAGAUCUUAAAUGACCAAGCGCAAGGAGUCGUGGUGGUACCAUGGUGGCCAUCACAGUCCUGGUUCCCACUAUUCCACCGCCUUCUGAGAUUGUCACCCUGCUUGGAGGACCCUUUCCCUGGCGGCAGGACUCUUAUCAGGCAGGCCUUUACUAACCGCGGAGUACCUCCAGGAGCAAUAGAGGCUACACUGGCUUCCUUGUCAGAGGCAACAAUCAAGCAAUACUCUAAACCCCUGAGAGACUGGUGGUUUUUCUGCCAGAGGUCAACUGUCUCUCUCUGGUCACCAGACCCUACACAAUUCCUUAAUUUUCUAUCGCAAGAACUUAAGCAGACAAGGUCAUAUUCUGUUAGCAACACCAUGCGAUCGGCGAUUUCGUUAAUUUCGGACAAUGAGAUCGGAAACCAUACACUAAUUAGGCGUUUUUGUAAGGGAGUGGGGGUUCUUAAACCCCCUCGGCCGAAAUAUGAUUACGUUUGGGAUCCGACCCCUGUGUUAGCUAAGCUGGCUUCAUUUUAUCCACACGAUACUUUACCGCUUAAGGUACUUUCGAAAAAAUUGGUCCUCCUCCUCGCCCUCGGCACGGGUCAGCGAGUGCAAACACUCGCAUCGUUCAGGAUUUCGCAAAUUUUAUUUAAUGAUAAGCUCAUUAUCCGCAUCCCGGAUAGACUCAAAACGUCUGCUCCUGGACGUUCUCAACCGUUGUUUUGUUUUUCUCCAUUUGCGGGAAAUGAAAAUCUCUGUAUUUUUAGUUUAAUGAAGACCUAUAUAGAAGUUACCAAAGACCUUCGUUCAUCUUCCGGCGAUAAAUUAUUCGUCUCUUGCACGAAGCCUUAUAGGGCAGUAGGCCCACAGACCAUUAGCCGUUGGAUACGAUCAGGUCUGGAGGAAUGUGGAGUGAGGACCGAUUUGUUUACAGCGCAUAGUAUUUACAAGGCACGCCUCUACCUCGUCAGCGGCUCAGAAAGGUGUCUCUUUAGACUUAAUUAA